GAAGUUGGUGAGAUGGCAAAGCAGUAUAUAGAGAAAAGUCUUUUGGUUCCAGACCGUGUGAUCACACACCUAAUGGUGUCUGAGUUGGAGAAUAGGCGUGGCCAGCACUGGCUCCUCAAUGGUUUUCCUAGGACAUUAGGACAAGCCGAAGCCCUGGACAAAAUCUGUGAAGUGGAUCUAGUGAUCAGUUUGAACAUUCCAUUUGAAACACUUAAAGAUCGUCUCAGCCGCCGUUGGAUUCACCCUCUUAGCGGAAGGGUAUAUAACCUGGACUUCAAUCCACCUCAUGUACAAGGUAUUGAUGAUGUCACUGGUGAACCAUUAGUCCAGCAGGAGGAUGAUAAACCCAAAGCAGUUGCUGCCAGGCUAAGACAGUACAAAGACGUGGCAAAGCCAGUCAUUGAAUUAUACAAAAGCCGAGGAGUGCUCCACCAAUUUUCUGGGAUGGAGGUGAACAAAAUCUGGCCCUACGUUUACACACUUUUCUCGAACAAGAUCACACCUAUUCAGUCCAAAGAAGCAUAUCGACCCUGCCCAGUGGGAGAACCAGGAGGAGGUGGUCAUUCAUUCAAUUGUGUGUGUGGUAUUGGUGAUAUGUCCAAAUUAGAGGCUAGCUGAGGUAGCUUGCAGCAUCUUUUCUAGUUGAAAUGGUGAACUGAUAGGAAAACAAAUGACUAGAAAGAGUUCACGAAGAGGCCCUCCUCUGCCUUUCAAAAGGAAGGUCACCUACACAUGUUUAAGGUGUCUCUGCACAUGUCUCAAGCCCUUCACAAGAAAGCAA